AUGGAGGAGCAAGGGGAGAGGGGGCUCCAGCUGCUGCUCCCCGCAGCCGCUGCUCGGGUGCUCCGGGAAGCGCCGGCCAGCGCCGCCACCGACCACCAGCAGCUGGACCUCGACCUGUCCAUGAGCAUUGGGCCGAGGCAGCAGCAGCUGCAGCUGCCACGGCCGGCGCCGCCGACUCCACCGGCGAACGAGAGCAGGAGAGCGGCGGCGACUGUGGCCGCCAGCGCUGCGACGGCGAGGCAGCUGCAGCAGCAGCAGGUGACGGUGGACGUCCGCGCCGUGAAGCAGCAGACGGCGGAGCAGGCGCGGAUGGCGUCGGCGGAGCGCGCCUACGCGGAGCGCGUCCGGGAGCUGGCCAAGCGGGAGCUGGAGCUCGCCGAGAGGGAGUUCGCGCGCGCCAGGAUGAUCUGGGAGCGUGCCCGCGAGGAGGUGGAGCGGGUGGAGCGGAUGAAGCAGAUCGCCGCCAGGCGGCUCGGCUCCGCCGCGUCCGCCGCCGCGCUCGAGAUCACCUGCCACGCCUGCAUGCAGCGCUUCCAUCCUUAA